AGGGCGGGAACGGGAGGUUCGGCGCAGGCGCGGUGCGCGCGGCGCGCGGGGGCGCCCCCUGGCGGAGGCGGGAAGCGCCGGGGCCUGGCCGUGAAGGGGGGGGCGGAACCGGGAACGGGAUCGGAACCGGGAUCGGAACCGGGAUCGGAACCGGGGGGGCCUCGGGCCGGCACCGCCAUGAUCCGCUUCAUCCUGAUCCAGAACCGGGCCGGCAAGACCCGCCUGGCCAAGUGGUACAUGCAGUUUGAUGAUGACGAGAAGCAGAAGUUGAUCGAGGAGGUUCACGCCGUGGUCACCGUCAGGGACGCCAAACACACCAAUUUCGUCGAGUUCCGCAAUUUCAAGAUCAUUUACCGCCGCUACGCUGGGCUCUAUUUCUGCAUCUGCGUCGACGUCACCGACAACAACCUGGCCUACCUGGAGGCCAUCCACAACUUCGUGGAGGUGCUCAAUGAGUAUUUCCACAACGUCUGCGAGCUCGACCUGGUCUUCAACUUCUACAAGGUGUACACGGUGGUGGACGAGAUGUUCCUGGCGGGGGAGAUCCGCGAGACGAGCCAGACCAAGGUGCUGAAGCAGCUGCUGAUGCUGCAGUCCCUGGAGUGACCCAAAAACCCCCAAAAUCACCCCAAAAAUAUCCCCCAAAUUCCCCAAAUCCCCCCCAAAACCAGGGCCCCCUCCCCCGCCCCUCGGUGUUAUCGUGGUGUGCAGAAAAAGUGAAUUUCUGUCCAUUAAAGUGACCAAAAUGUGACCAAAAACGGGGGGAAAUCGGUUAAAAAUGGCGAAAAAUGAUUUAAAACAACCAGGAAUGGGGUAAAGUGAAUUAAAAGG